UACCUUCAAGCCCGUCAUAUAUAUAUAUAUAUAUAUAUAUAAGUAUGUAUGUAUGUGUGUAUGUCCUUCUUCCUGCUCCUCAGAAUUCCCUUCCACCCUCAUUGGACCUUUCCAGGAAGUCUUUCCUCCCCUCCUCUGACUUUUCCAGGAAUUCUUUUCUCCCCUCCUCGGGACAAUGCUAUCAUUCUAGCCGCUAAAGAGUUACCCAGAAAGUCUUCCGAAGCUAUUCAAGCUGAUCUACCACAAGAAGACAAAGUUCCUAACCAAAAUCCUACAAACUUUCAAGGAAAUCGAGAUUAACCUUGAAAAAUAUUGCUGAUCGUUUGGCAUUUUGUCAAAAGUAUAAAAAUUGGCCAGUCGAACAAUGGAAACGAGUAUGUGGAUCUGCUUAUAAAAUAAAUAAUGCAUUGGAAACAUUUCUUCACGUUCAAAAUUGUUGAAGCUCUGCAUGAACUUCUCGCUGUUGGGACACUGUAUCCUUCAAUGCUUCUCAAAAUUCACCAACACUAAUGUGCCGAUACACCCUUUCCCCUUUAUGGUUCUUUUUCUGUCCGUGUUUUAUCCUGUGUACUAUACAUGUACUUUUAGCUGUCAUUGCUGUCUUUCUUUACUUGAUUUAUUGUCCCUUUACAGCAGUGGUUCCAGCCUUUUCACUACCAAGAACUCUAUUUAUUUAAAUGAGUUUUCCCAUGGACCCCAAGAUAUUGAAAGAAUAUCGAAUGAUAUCAGCACAAGAGAAUUUUUUACUCUAGACACAUCAUCAAUAUUUAUCAUCAUGCAAGAAUUAUAGGAAGAUAUACAAAUAGAUAUGACUCUGGAUAUCCAUGGCAGGAUUACUGUAAAAUAUUUCGUCUGACUGAAAUUAUUUGCAAAAUUUGUCUGAUAUGUUUGAAAUGUGCACACAAUGAUGUUUUUUUGAUUUGUAAUUAAAUUUGGAUGAAUUUACAAAGAGAUUUGCAGCAUCUUUAGAUAUUGACAAAAAAUCAGUUGAUGGAGAUUUGGCAGUCGAAAGGUUUAUUAAGAAUAUAAUAUACAAAGAGAAGAAAACAAACAUCUGUAUAUUGUGUUGAGGAUGAGAAAAAUUAUGAAAGAGAAGCAGGUUACGUGUAAAAUGCAAACAGAAAAGUUGCAUUUUUCUGAUGAGAUGCUGAAAGCAUAUACCUGUGAUAUCUGUAAAAAAUCAUUCUCACAAAAGGCUCACCUAAUUACACACAAACGUAUUCAUACUGGUGAAAAACCUUAUCACUGUGAUAUCUGUGGUAAAUCAUUCUCACAAACAAGUUACUUAACCACUCACAAGCACAUUCACACAGGAGAGAAACCAUAUCACUGUGAAAUUUGUGGUAAAUCAUUCACACAGAGCUGUCAAUUAACUAUACACAAACGUAUUCAUACAGGAGAGAAACCAUAUCACUGUGAUAUCUGUGGUAUAUCUUUCUCACAGAGUAGUCAAGUUACCGUACAUAAACGUACUCAUACAGGAGAGAAACCAUAUCGUUGUGAUAUCUGUGGUAAAUCAUUCACUCGAAAUCAUCACUUGACUACUCACAGAAGCAUUCAUACAGGAGAGAAGCCAUAUCACUGUGACAUCUGUGGUAAAUCAUUUUCUGAAGUAAGGAACUUAACUACUCAUAAACGCAUCCACACAGCAGAAAAACCAUAUUCUUGUGAUAUCUGUGGUAAAUCAUUCUCUCAAAGAAGUCACUUAAUUAGCCACAAACGUAUUCAUACAGGAGAGAAACCAUAUCAUUGUGAUAUUUGUGGUAAAUCAUUUGCACAGAGAUAUACUUUAACUAAACACACAUAUAUUCACACAAGAGGAAAAGUCAUAUAACUGAAUCUGUAGUAAAUAAUUCUCUGUAAUGAAUAAACUUAACAGUCUUUGUUGCACUGAAGAAUAACAGUAUCAAUGACAAGUCAUUCAAUAAAAAGAAUAUGUUGUUGAAAGUUAUAGAUGAUAUUAUAGUGUGAUAACCACCUCUUCAUCAUUGUCGUUGUUUAACGUCCACUUUCCAUGCUGGCAUAGUUUGGACGGUUUAACUAAGGGUUGGUAAGCCAGAAGGCUGCACCAGGCUCCAAUCUGAUCUGGCAAAGCUUCUACAGCUGGACGCCCUUCCUAAUGCCAACCACUCUGAGAGUAUAGUGGGUGCUUUUUAUGUGCCACCGGUGCUACUAUUUAUGUACAUUGGUAGGAGAUCAUCCUACUGAUAUUUGUAAUGAAGACAUUUUUUCAGAAUAAACAAACCAUAAAAGAAAUUUUUUCAUGAUAGCUUAA